AUGCCACUAAAUCGCAAAAGACGGAACGACGCAGGAUCCGAGACCGAAUCAACCCCAAGUGCUCGUCGGCGCAGACGACAAAGCGAAGAACCCGACUCAUCGUCCGCACCAGAAAGCGACGAUGAUGGACCAAGCGCACCAACCAGCACCGAUGCGAUGGUCAAGAAAAUGGUGCGACUCGCCAUAGCAAGCGAGUACUCGCGGCUCCCGAUUCGGCGCAGCGACAUCAGCGCCAAGGUGCUGGGCGAGCAGGGCUCGCGGGAGUUCAAGCUAGUCUUCAGCCAGGCGCAGCGGGAACUGAAGCAGCGCUUCGGUAUGGAGAUGACCGAGUUACCGGCGCGAGAGAAAGUCACCAUUACACAACGACGGGCCGCGCAGAAAAUUGAAAAGCCUUCCUCGGCUAACAAGUCCUGGAUCGUUACCAGCACCUUGCCGCUCCCAUACCGCUCCCCCGAUAUCCUCAUUCCAACUAAGGCACCCUCCCUCUACAUCGAAAGCACAUACACGGGCCUGUACAGCUUCAUUAUCGCUGUGAUUUUGCUGAACGGUGGUUCGCUGGCUGAGCAGAAACUUGACCGGUACCUGGCGCGCACAAACGCUGAAGUUGGUACGCCGGUUGACCCCACGGAUAAACUGCUGCAGCGGCUAUGCAAGGAGGGGUACAUCAUCAAGACGCGCGAGAUGGAUGGCGGUGAGGAGGUGAUUGAGUAUGUCCUUGGACCACGAGGUAAAAUUGAGGUCGGCACUAGCGGUGUGGCGGGUCUUGUGCGAACUGUUUAUGGGAAGGAGAAGGGUGAUCAUGCGGGCUUGACUCAACUCCAGAAAGAGGAACUUGAGGACUUUGAGGGGAAGCUUGGGAGGAGUCUUGGGAUUGAGCCAGCAACCGUACAAGCUAGUGGGGUGGAUGGUGCUAGCGAUGUGGAUGGGGAUGCUCGAGUUAAUGGGGACGAAGAGGAACGUGAGGCGCCGCGGAGCUCGGGGCCUAGACGGUCUUCGAGGCGUACCCAGGAAGAAGGAGAAGAAGAAGACUCUGGUUCUGAAGAAUAUGAGGAAGAGUGA